AUGAUGCACUUUCAAACAAUGGGUCCUGCAGACCAAUCUUCUAAUAACCAUGACGAAAUUGAGGGUAAUGUGAGCGGCGAGUUAUAUGAAGUGGAAGACACCGAAGCCCCGGUUCUUAAUAAUAAUGUAGCAACGCUAAAGUUAGCUUUCAAUACUGUUCUAAAAGAACCACCGGUCCCUAAAUCCUUACCCGCUCACGUUGACCUCUUAACGGCUGUUCAACACUUUGAUUCAGAAAACUGGUCUAGCGUUAGAUAUUCUGAGGUUCAGAAGCUUUAUUGCUCUCAACCGGCCUUUACCGAAUUGGAAACAAACGACGAAUUAAAACCAUUUGACAAGUUUUCAAACCUUAGUGUCCUUGAGCGUGGCUUCGCGGCCAUCACGCAAGCUUUAAUAAAACAAGGCGAAACUGUCGAAUCUUGCUUUGAUUCCUUGGUAACGUGGGCUAGAACAACUCCAAAACUUACUCCCGAGUCUUUACAAGAUAAAAUUAAAGAACUUUUUAUAGAGGGCCCUUUUCAAAAAAUUUCGAACGAUGUUUUGCAACUAGCGUGUGGUCACCGUGCUGACCUUAUACAGCAAAGACGGGACAGUAUUUUACGGUCAGUAAAAGAUAAAUAUUUCAAAGAAUCUUUAAGGAAGAUUCCUCCAAGUCCUCAAUUUAUUUUUCAAAAAGAUCCGCUGUCUUCAGCUAUCGAAAAACAAGGGGGAGUAUCUAAAUGUUUCUGGCCGGUCCGACCGCCAACCCAAAAUAAACCUGCUGCGCAAGCAGGCCCCAAUCAAACUAAUAACGCUCAAAAAGCACCCGCGCAGGACGCUUAUGACCCUUCAGGUCUGCUCAUAACCAUGCCUAGACCUUUCUUGCCUGUACCUGCGCAAGGUAACUAUAAUUUUGUACCUACGGCUUGACGCGGUCCUUUUCGCCAACCAAGGCCAUUUAUGGGAACUCAGGGGAAGGCUCCACGUCCACGGGGCUCCGGUUCGAAACCCCAGGGCCAAUAUGCAUAUCUGCAAGUUGCCCGAAACCAAAGCAGACAAGUGGGCCAGAACGUCUCGCGCAGGGACUAUAAUUCAAGCGGAAAUUCGACAAGCUUUCGAGCGGGGCAGUUGAAAGAAUUUGUGGAAAACUGGAAGCUGUUAAAUGUACUCUCUGCCUUUGGCCCUGCCGCCUGCGACGGAGAGGAAUCGCGUCAGCAGACGUUUCUCGCUCCCUCUCCGCCUUCUCCUUCUGUGACAUGACUUCUUCGCAGAAGGAGGCCACCGCUUCCCAAUUCCUCUCGCUACCCAGCAUCGCCGCUAUUAUGCUGUGUAGCGAGAGGUCUAUAACCCCCGUCGCCGCCCUAAGGGCCGCUCUUUCCACGGCCCAGCGGUUGCACUCCUCUAGAGUGUGCUGGGCCGUGUCGUCCAUCGCACCACAUUCAUGGCACUGGGGCCCCGGCUCCCUCUGUAUUUUGUGCAGGUAGUGCCCGAAACAACCGUGUCCGGACACCACCUGCGUUACCCUAAAUGUAAGGGCCCCCUUUCUUCUGCCCAACCACUCGUCCAUUACUGGGAGGAUAGCCCCUAUGGUUCGGGUUCCAUAAUGGCUAUCCUCCAAGGCAUCCCUCCACCUUUGCUUCAGGCGCUCCGCGGCUGCUCGGGCCAAUCUCUCUGCCUCCUCCGCAUCUGUGGGCUCCCCGCGCCUCCUGGCCUCCACCCUCGCCCAGUAUCUUUCAGCCAGCACCCCUGCGUCUAGUUCCCACGCUGGGGUGCCGGCAAGGAGGCAUGUCGCUGCGUGAGAGGUGGUGCGGUAGGCCCUCACCAUCCUCUGGGCCACGUACCUCUGCGGCCGACGGAGCAGUGCCUUCGCGCGUCUCGUCAGCCGUCCGGCCCAAAUUGGUGCUCCGUAGAGCGCCAUGCUCCGGACCACCCCCGCAUAGAGCCAGUAUCCAGUGGCCUACUGGAUUUUAGCCAUCUGGCCACUGGCAGUGGGAACCACGUGAAGGUCGAGCCACAAGACUGUUGAAUCAAUCUGGCGGUCUUGUCUAUUUGUCAGUCUUGUCACAAUCUUUGAGCUCGGUCAUACAGAUUCAGCCAUCAGACACUUGUUAUGUGUUUAUAAUUUGAUAAUUGUGGGUAUGAGUGUGUCGAUUUUUCUCUGCAGAGUUUGUCUUGAAAAUAAGGUGAAUCAGGAGUUGAUAAAUUUUUUAUACUUGCAGAUCAAACAUGGAGCGACCAAGGACUCCUUUCCCGUCGCAGUCGGGAACGUAUAAAAUGAAGAACAUGUUCAGCUCGUCGCAGCCCCGCCGCCUUCCUUCAGCAUCAAAAGAGGAAACCCACAUGUAGGGGAGAGGGGGGCAAGACGGGGUGGCGGGCAAGACGGGGCAACGGCUGUAUACCGCGCUAGAAUCGACCAAUCAGAAGCCCGCUAGCGCAUGACGCUACGCCGCCAUGAUGUCUAUCAGUUCACGCGGUGAGCGGCUAGACUGAAGAUCAAACAUGGAGCGACCAAGGACUCCUUUCCCGUCGCAGUCGGGAACGUAUAAAAUUAAAAACAUGUUCGGCUCGUCGCAGCCCCCCCGCCUUCCUUCAGCAUCAAAAGAGGAAACCCACAUGUAUAUGUGUUUUGGGAAGACCAAAGCACCUCUUGUCCAAGUUAUCAACUGCAGAUGCUGUACACGAAUUGACCGACUAUUUAGUCCAGGAACUAGACAAGGCAUUCAACGAAAGCAGCAGGAGCAGUUCUGCACCUGCUGGCCAUGGACUAAACGGUCUGCAGAUGCAGAACGGAGGCCUCUGCUGCAGGAGAGCGAAACAGCGGAGUACCCACAUAGCCCACCGGAGCAGCGCAGGAGCCUACGGGCGUCGCAGCUCCGGCUGUAUAAAAUGCUCCUGCUGCCAGAGCAACCCCAGCAGCCCCUCAACCCACCAGAGCUCCUGGCUGCCCAACAGCGGUGGCGGUCUGCAGUGGCUGCAGCUCAGCAGCACCGCAGAUUCAUUGGUGAAAUCGGGCCUUAGUGUGUAUAGGGCUCCCUAAAAUAAAUGAAUUAAAGAAUCGAUUUUUAAAUUUGAGUUUCAUUGCAAUCGUUUUUAUCAAAAUACUUAAAUUUAACCCAGUAUAUGCUUUUACAAAAAGUAUAUAGGUAUUCUCAUUAUCAUAAACAAACUCAAUCAUUUUCUUAUUCUACCAUUUAUCAACGUUUACAAAAAGCUGCUUUAACACAUUCAUUGCCAUCCAGCCAAACAAAACAUCUGCGCCAGGCCGCAAAAAUAAUUACGACCCGAUACUCGGGUACAGUUGCACACUUUUCGAACGAAUCGACACUACACGCCAAGAACCCGACAGUCGGGUACACGAUAGGGUUGCGCGUUGCGCUAAAAAACAUUUGUUAUUAUGUUGGUUUGCUCACUUAUUACGUUAUACCGGAAAGUUAGGCCAACGUCUAUCUCCGAAAUCUGAUAGAUAAUACACAUCAAUAUCUAAUUAUUAGAGACAAUUCAAAUAGAAAAUUGAACGCGUGACGAGGAUUCUCUAACAAUUUUCGUUAUAGCUUCGCGAUCACACGCCAGAUCAAAAUCAUCAAUAAAAACUCAUUAGGGAAUAUCACUGCAAUGUUCUGCUACCAGAGUGCAGCACUAGUGCAUAUCCUAAAACUUAGAGUAACUUAUACAUACUAUGCCUUCAACCUUCAACAGUUUUUUUGACAUGUUUUCACUAUGACAUUGAUGCAUCAAGCAAGGCGGUUUGUUUACAGGUGGUCUACCGCGAAAAUCGAAAUUUCGUUAUCUCUCUAUCGAUCGAAUUUGCAAGAGUGAUAUACUUAUAUCUUAUACAUUUAACUAAUUAAUCUUUUGGCUUGCCACGUGACUUUGCCGUGGAAGCAGUAAGUUUGUAUGAGUUGAGCUUGCCACGAUUUACGUCGUGGAGGCUGUUUAGAGGCCAUCUCAGUUAAGGCGGACUAGGGUGUUUUAUGCAUGUGUAGGAGUCUGCGGCUUCGGCUGCAGAUCCUCCUAUAUCAUUGUGUAAGAGAAUGGCAGGUUUAGCUGCUAGAUGCUCCCCGUAAGGGGAGCGGCUACUAUAGAGAAAGGCGUUAGGAGUUCUGUGGCUUCGGCUGCUAGGUUCUCCUUUAUCCCCGUGUAGGAGUAAGGUGGCUUCGGCCGCUAGUUACUCCUUUAUCAGCACGCAAGGGGCAGCUUCGGCUGCGGUACGCCCCCUUGAAUUUGUACCCUUCAUCCGGCCGGGUAAGAUGGUGCUCAUGUGUACUAGAGUUAACUGAUAGAUAUAUAUGUAACUCUUAUGUAUUGAUGGAUGAUGCCAUCACCGUUGGAAAUAGAUAUAUGAAAAAAUACCAUACUUAGCUGUAAACACUUGGUGAUCGUUGUAAUCAUAUAAUACCUUUAACCACAGAUGGUGCAUGAGAGGCAAAAGAGCGAAGCAGAUAGACGAGACUACGACGGGACAAUAAGGUAGGACUAACCACUCCUACACCCACAAUACACACACUACCAUUAUUUCUAUUGUCGCGGCGUUCUAUAGUCUGUAGACUAUUGUCGUAGUCUAGUACAUUUACUUGUCUAUAUUGUAUACAUAAUGAGAACGCCGCGACAGGUGCAAUUCGGGGGAAAUAAUCUAGUUGCGCCAUCUAACGAAUCCAAAAAAAGCACGACUACACGACUUACUUCCAUACUUUUCUUUAACUUGACUAUACUACUUAUAUGAUUAACAAGAAUUGUUACUGAAAAAUAUUUCAGUACCGUGUUAAGAUACUGUUUAUUUUCAUACUGUAAUUUUCCUUAUCGGCUAUUUUUCAGAACAAUGUCGACAUUUUUGGUUCAGUCCUUGGUCGUUAGUGUUUAGAACAGGAAUAUUGUUGGUGCUGUUAAGGUGGUUCGUCACGGUCAGCUAGGCACUAUUACGCUAAUAUAUGGCGUUGUUGUUAAUAUUUGACGUAUUUAAUUAAUUUAUGUAUGAUAAUGUAAAUAUUCUUAAAAAGUAAUAAGUUUCACGGUAAUAGUAUGCUGUUUCUUACGUGUUCAACUCAGUUUGAGAUGAGGUUUAGUGUAUAAAACAAGUUUAUUUGUAUAAUUUAAAACGCAGCAGUGACAGCGAAGUAUUCACACACACACUCAAAACGUUUUAUCUAUGACCAAAAUAAAAUUCAUGAAACGGAACGCAAACUUGUCAUGAUUGACAGAUGUCAAAGUCAGAAAGCCCAUGAAAUGGCGGAAUCAAGUUUCAACAAAAUAUGUUGUAUACGUGCGAAAUAUUAAAAAAAAAUUCACCACGUCGUACAGGAUGGUAAGUUUUAUUUAAUAGUGAUGCUAUUGACAAAAUUUUAGUUGUAUUAAAUACACAUAAUGAUGUUUUUAUGAUUACUGCAGUAUUUUAGUGAUUUUUGGGACUUCGAAAGUUGUGGGAAAUAUUGUACUCCUGACCGCAUAUGGAUGGUAUUUUUCACUGUGUGAGCAAUAUACUUCAUGUAGUUAUUACACUUGCAGAUCAACGAAACUCUCGACUUCUUUAAGAGCAGUCAGGUGGAUACAUCUCUCAAUAUGUUCGUAAUCUCAGAGAGCGUCUAAAGCGAGCAAUCCGAUGAUAGCUUUAUGCUCGACGACAUUGGAAUGACGAAGAUUGGAUCAAUGCGAAAUGGAGAAAAUACGCCCUAGAGUGGAAACCUUUUGCGCUUGUUGCGGCAAAGGAUCGGUCCUGCGGCGUCCUGAGAGGUUAAGAGUCAAUUCGCUGCCCAAUGAAGCACCCGCCGAGUUGCCAAGGAAACAGCCGAGGCGCAACAGUAUUUAAGAUUAAAAUCUUUAGCUAGCA